AUGGAUUUAAAUAAUAGUUUAAUUUUAAAUAGUAUAGAAAAUGAAUAUAAUGAUAUUUUUCAAAUUCCAUUAGAGUUGCUAGUGGAAGAUCAAGAAGGUUUAAAAGAUUUAACGUGUGCAAUUUGUUUACAGCUUUUACAAUCUCCUUCACAAUGCUCAUUUGGUCAUAUGUUUUGUUUAGCUUGUAUAGAAAAAAGUAUUAAAAAGUCACCCCAAUGUCCAGUAUGCAGAGGUUUUUUAAAUAUGAAGAUAUUAUCAAGAUCAUUAUUUGUUGAAAGAACUAUUGGAAAGUUAAAGGUUUAUUGUAGAUAUCGUUUUAAAGUUGAACCACGUCAAAAAACACCACUUAAACAAUUAGCAUCACCUACCAGCACAACGACAAUAGCAAGCGAUAGUAGUAGUAACAAUAGCAGUAGCAAUAGUGUUGGUAAUAGUGGAAUAGUAGGAGCAGCAGAGCCAGAUUUUUCAUUUGACUUAGAGGGUUGUAAUCAUACCGAUUCACUUGAAAAUAUUUCAAAUCACGAAAAAACAUGUAUAUAUCGAUUUGAAAAGUGUAAAUAUAAUAUAAAUUAUUUAAAUAAUAUUGGUGUUAGUGGUAUAGUAGUUUCAAAUUUAAAUAGUAGCAGUAAAAGUAUUUCAAUUAGUGAUACAAACAGUGUAAAUAAUAGUCCAAAUAAUAAAAGCCCAAGAGUAGUUUUAACCAAUAGUCCAGGUAGCGAUAAUGGUAAUAGUAACGAUAAUAAUGGUAGUAGUGUAAAUAUUAAAAAACUAAAGCAAGAUGAGAAAAAUAAAAUUAUAAUUUCAACAUCAAUAAAAUCAGCAAGCUCACCAAAAUCAUGCAGUAUUAUUAGAUUUAAAGAUUUGGAAAAGCAUUAUGAAGUUUGUCCAUAUAGACCUGUAUUAUGUGGUUAUUGUAAAACAGAGUUUUAUGACCUAAAGAUUAAAGAGCAUGAAGAAAAUUGUGAAAUGAGAAAAGUAGAGUGCGAAAAAUGUAAAUCACAAGUAGCUAAAAAAGAAUUGAAAUUACAUUUAAGUGAUAGCUGUCCUAACCAAACCAUCAAGUGUACAUUUGGCUGUGAUAAAGAGUUUGAAAGAAAAGAUUUAAUCGAUCAUUUAAAUGAGUCAAUUGCAAUUCAUAUGGUAAUGAUGAAGCAACAACAUCAAAACGAAAUUUCAUCAUUAAAAAAAGAAUUUAACUUACAAAUGGCUUCAAAAGAGGAUAAAAUCAAAUCUUUAGAAAAAACACUUAGAGAAAGAGUUUUGGAUUCAAAGAUAAAGGUAGAAUGGAGAAUUAAAAAUUAUUUAGAGUGUAAAAAAGCAGGAUAUGUACAAUCAGAAAAGUUUAUAAUAAAAGGAUUUUCAUUCUUUAUUGGUUUCUUUGUAGAUGGUGAUAGUAAUGACAGCAAGGGUUAUAUUAGUAUUUAUUUGUUUUUAGAUACAACAGACAUUCAAAAGGGUAAAAGCCUCUCACUUGAUUUCUCAUUAAAGUUCACAAACCAAAAAGAUCAAAAUCAAUCCCUACAACGUGAAUACAAACACAUUGGUUUCCCAUUGGGAUCAGACGGCCAAGGUUGGGGUGAUCGUAGAUCAAUUAAAACAAGCAUUUUAGAAUCGGCAGGUUUUAUUAAAGACAAUUCAUUAUUAAUAGCUUCAGAAAUCACUGUUAAAAAAGAAUUUUAUCAAGUUGAAGAGUCAAGUAUAGAAAAACAUUAA